AUGGAGCCAACUGUAUUUCUUGAAACUAUUGCAAAAUUUGUAUUCUUUCCUAUCUGCUUACUAUCAUUUAUUGGUGUAUCCCUAUAUUGCAAGUAUGUCUACGACAGAAUCCAAAUGAAAAAAUGCAUCGAGCACUACAAUCCAAAGGGAAUGACAUACCCACAUGACUAUACAAGAAGGCUCAGUUGGUGGGAAACUCAUUGUACCGCCAGAGGGUCGAUUCCCAAAAUCAUAAUUUCCCCAUUAGUAAUAUCGAAUGAUUACAAAGAUUUGGAAAAAGGAUCGCCGCUUGGAGAAAUCAUUCACGGCGAACUGUAUCGACGAGACUCCGGACUUCAUCUCUCUCCGCCUCGUAGAGUUUGA